GCAGAUUAUUAUGCCCAACAAAUAAAAGAACUGGAAGAGAAAUUUCAGAAAAAAGUCAGAGAAAUUGGCCAAAUUCAAUUAGAACUGAAAUUAAUGAAGGAGUUCUGUAGGGUGAGACCAGCUAUGCGGAAAGUGCUGGAAGAUUUAAAAGGGAGUAUGGAGCUUUCAAACAGGAGACAACAGGAAGUGGUGGUGAGGUUGGAGAGGAGGUUUCUUGAAGAAAAGAAAAAACUGGAAGAAGAUGUGGAGAAAAAGCAAAUGAUGAUGGCAGAGACUGCCCUGCAUGAGGCUGUUUUACAGUUGAACAGAACUGGGAGGGAAAGUGCUCGUCUUCGGGGUGCAUUUGCUUACCAGCUGAAAAAGACAAUGGAAUUGCAGAAAAUCAAACAGAAGUUAGAAGAGGACAAAAUUCUUCUGUUAGAGGAGAAGGAAACCAGUGAGAUUUUGAUUCAAAAAAAGACCCUACAGAUCAAUCGCCAGAAAGCACAGAUUGGAGAUCUGCAGCGUAAAGUGCAAAACCUGGAGAUGGCCUUACGUCGCAUGAGAGAGGCUCAGAAAACACAGCAUCAGGCGCUGAUAGAAAACCAGGCAAGCAUGGUGGAGAUCAAGAAACUGCAGCAACUGCUAGAAAUGAAGGAUCGGGAGAUGAACCGAGUGAAGAAGCUCACAUGGAAUAUCUUAAAUGAGAGGACUGAGGUGGAAAGGUUCUUCCUAGAUGCUCUGGAACACGUGAAGCAGGAGAUUGUAUCCAGUAGAAAGCCCUGUAAGAAAAAGGCCCAAACUGCCUAUUACAGAAAAAUGCUGGAGGCAUGUGCAGGGAAGGAAGAAUUUCCCAAAAUUAAAACAUUCAAAAGGAACAUAAAUAGCACAAAUAGCGUGUACAGAGACCUAGAGGAAGAAGAGAAAUGCUACAGGGAAAAAAUCCAAUUUGAAAAAGUGGGUAUCAGUGAGUUGACAUGGGAACAAAAAGAACGUGUUCUCCGAUUGCUUUUUGCUAAAAUGAAUGCCACAAACCCAUGGAAAUACACCAGAGUUUUGGCUACUUCAGCGCCAGCUCCUGACAGUACUAAAGAAGAAAGCCAAGUUGGCACAGAAAAUACUUCCCUCAACCCACUGUUCAUUACACAGCAGGUCAAAUUACCCGAUUCAUCAUCAUUUGCAGUAAACCUCCCACGAAGUCAGAUGUUAAGGCCACAGAGAGAGUAA